UGCACCUCUUUGAAAAUGUCAAGUUUCAUGCCGGAAAACGUGCAUUCGCGGCACGCAUUACUUUUCUUAUUUAAUCAAAAGAAAAAAGCCGCUGAAAGUCAUCGUUUCCUGGUAGAAACUUACGGUAAACAUGCUCCAACCUUAAAAACUUGUGAGACGUGGUUUCGAAAAUUCAAAAGUGGUGAUUUCGAUCUGCAAGACAAAAAACGUUCUGGUAGACCGAAAAAGUUUGAAGAUGCGAAACUGCAGGAGUUAUUCGAUGAAGACCCAACCCAAACUCAAAAACAAUUGGCAAGAGCGUUAAAUGCGGCCCAAGAAACGAUUAGCGACCGAUUACGAGCAAUGGGGAAAAUUCAAAAGAUAGGAAGAUCGGUGCCACAUCAACUUUCCGGCACACCUGUGCCGCCAAGGAAAGCUACGAAACGAACCGCCCAAGUUCCACCGACGGGACAAAAGAAGACCAAACAGCUAAGAGGAAAGCUAGAUUUAAAGUUGAAACCAAAUUUACGGCAAUCCAAUACAGGCGGUUAUAUACUUGCAUUCGGACAAGGAGAUGUUGGACAACUUGGUCUGGGAGAAGAUGUUAUUGAAAAGAUUCGUCCUGCGACUAUUCCUGGAUAUCAAGAUAUAGUAACUGUAGCAGCUGGAGGCAUGCACAAUGUUUGCUUAAGACAAACCGGUGAAGUAAUAACAUUUGGAUGUAACGAUGAAGGGGCUCUUGGAAGGGAUACAUCCAAAGAAGGUUCGGAGACUGUCCCAGGUUGUGUUGAUUUACCUGCUAAAGCUAUUCAAGUAACAGCAGGUGAUUCUCACAGUGCUGCAUUAUUAGAAGAUGGUAGAGUCUUCGCGUGGGGUUCUUUUAGAGACUCUCAUGGUACCAUGGGUUUGACGUUAAAAGGAAAUGAAAGACUUCCUAUAGAAUUGUUACCUAAUGUUAAAAUAGUUAAAGUAGCAUCAGGUGCUGAUCAUUUAGUAUUACUUAGUGAAUCUGGAAAUGUAUAUACCUGUGGUUGCGGCGAGCAAGGUCAAUUAGGACGAAUGGCUGCCAGAACCGCUAGUAGAAAUAGUCGUCAUGGUAUAGGACCUUUGUUAACACCUGGAAUAGUUGAAUUUAAAAUUACUAAAAAAUUAGAAUUUAAUGAUAUAUGGGCUGGUACAUAUUGUACUUUCCUAAAAGAAUAUAGUAAAGGAGAUAUAUAUGUUUUUGGUUUAAACAAUUAUUAUCAAAUUGGUCUAAACGAACCAUCAACUCAUUUUCAUCCACAAGUAUCGAAAACUUUCAGUGGGAAAGUAUGGAGGCAUAUCAGUAGCGGUCAACAUCAUACAAUCGCUUUAGAUGAUGUAGGUCAAGUUUUUGUAAUGGGUCGUAAAGAAUAUGGUCGUCUGGGCCUUGGACCUAACUGCUCGGAUGCUAAAGAAUUAACUUUAGUUUCCGCUUUAAGUUCUAUGAAAUGUAUCGAUAUAGCAGCUGGUAGCGCACAAUCUUUCGCAGUUACAGAAUUAGGAGAUCUAUAUGCGUGGGGAAUGGGAACAAGUGGACAACUAGGUACAGGAGCGGAAGAAGAUGUAGAAGAACCUCAACUAGUUAAAGGAAAACAAUUAGAAGGCAAAUCAAUAAUACAAGUUUCUGGUGGUGGACAACAUACGUUAAUUUUAGCGAUACCUCGUCCAAUAAAAGAUAAAACUGCGGGUUAAUUGGAAAUAAUGUAAUAUUAUUUAAAUAUAUCACACACACACGUGUGAUACAAAGCUCGGACAACGAAGGACAAAAAUAAUGUGUGUAAAUUGUGCCUAAUAACUUUACGACGAAAACAAAGAUAUAAUUGAGAUCAAUUUUUGUAAUGUAUUCAAAUCUAUAGACAUUGAUGAAAAAAACUUUCAGAUUUGUAAUAUAAUUCAUUAUUAACGAUAAUGAAAAAAAA